AUGAAGCUAGAUGAGGAUCUGGGUCCUGAUCGGGAGGAUGAUUUUCAAACUGAUGAUGAAGAAAACCAGGCAGAUAGGGUGUUUGAAACUUUGGAUGAUGAUGAUACCGAGUCAGAUAACUCACCUCCUUCACGAAAUUUGUCCAACGAGGCUGCCAUUAGUCCCACAUGGCCACAAAGUUAUUGGCAAUCUAUGGACAUGUUAACUAGUGUAACACCACCCGGAAUUACUUUCCUAAGGAGAAUUGGUUCAAAAGGGAGAAGUAGCUCUCUCUCUACAGCAUUCCAGCGACCUCAGGAAUAUCAAGAUGAUUCUUCAUUGAUUAUACCUCUUGUUUCCGAGACAAGUUCAUCCAAACAAGAGGAACCAACCUCAACACACGUGCCAUCACUUGUAUCUAGCUGUACAAAAUUUUCUGCUAGUGAAUUGCCACCACCACAGCAGCAAUGUUCAUUUGCACAAUCAGUAUUAAAUGGAACCAAUAUAUUAUGUGGGAUAGGAAUUGUUACCAUUCCAUAUGCAGUAAAAGAAGGAGGGUGGUUAAGCCUUAUAUUACUUCUACUGUUUUCUAUCAUUUGCUGUUAUACUGGAAUUUUAUUGAAGAGAUGUUUAGAAAGCCACCCUGGACUCAAAACCUAUCCAGAUAUUGGCCAAGCUGCUUUUGGAUUUGCUGGUCGCCUAGGGAUUGCGAUCAUUUUGUACAUGGAACUGUUUGCUGCUUGUGUUGAGUAUAUAAUACUAAUCAGUGAUAACCUCUCGUCAUUGUUUCCUAACACCCACAUGAGAUUUGCUGGGACUGAUUUUGGAACUCAUCAAACUUUUGCAAUCACAGCAGCUGUUCUUGUUCUACCAACAGUUUGGCUGAAAAAUCUAAGCCUGCUUUCUUAUAUUUCAGCUGGAGGAAUAUUUGCAACAAUACUUAUUGCAUUUUGCUUGUUUUGGGUUGGGGAGAUACAACAAGUUGGAUUUAAGCCAGGAGGAAAAGUUUUAGACAUGGAAAACAUAUCUGUCUCAAUUGGUCUCUAUGCUUUUGGCUUUGCUGGCCAUGCAGUUUUUCCAAACGUCUACUCUUCCAUGAAGGAACCAUCAAAAUUCCCAUCAGUUCUGUAUGCCAGCUUUGCCUUUUGUCUUGUUAUGUACAUGAGUGUAGGAACAAUUGGCUAUUUAACGUUUGGUGACUCAGUUGAAUCUCAGUUUCCCUUAAACAUGCCAAAGGAAUUAUAUGCAUCCAAAAUCGCUACCUGGACAACUGUUGUGACUCCACUGGCAAAAUAUGCCUUAACAUUAUUGCCUAUUGCAUUGAGCAUAGAGGAACUCGCCCCUUCUCCUAGACUAAGAAGUCAUGCUACUUCUGUUCUUGUCAGAACAGUUUUAGUGAUUUCAAGUUUAGUUGUAGCACUCUUUGUUCCAUAUUUUGGUUCUUUGAUGGCACUAAUUGGUUCUUUUAUGUCAAUGUUAAUUGCACUUAUUUAUCCUUGUGCAUGUUAUCUCAAGCUACAUAGUGGCAGAUUAUCAAAAGUGCAGAUAACAAGUUGCGUUUUGAUUAUUAUUGUGGGGGCGGUAUGUGCUUUUGUUGGAACACAUUCAGCUGUUGCAAGAAUAUUUGGCGAUGGGGACUGA